AUUUUGCCCUCAUCAUUUUUGGACACCAUGAUUUUACACUGACAGAAGCCACAGUACAUCAUCAACUUUACGUUUCUUCCUCAAACAAAGAAGCACAUCUUUAGAAAGAGGAAGAGAGCCCAAUUCCAGAGGGAAAGAGAAAAGAUUGUGGGGAAGACUGUUUCUAGUGGUGAGGGAGAGAUGGAAAGAAGGGCCUUAUUCUUGUGCAGUGCUGUGGGUUUCUUGGGGUUACUAUCAGCUGCUACAGGUUUUGCUGCAGAGGGUACCAGGAUUAAGGGUUCUGAGGUUCAGUUCACAUCUGCUACUCAAUGUACAUAUCCUCGGAGUCCUGCCAUGGCUCUUGGUUUAACAUCGGCUGUAGCACUGAUGAUAGCUCAAGUGAUUAUUAAUGUUGCAACUGGGUGUAUUUGUUGCAAAAGAAGCCCUCAACCUUCAAACUCAAAUUGGACAAUAGCAUUAGUUUGCUUUGUUGUUUCCUGUUGGCGAUUUGGCGUACCACUUACCUGGGGACUAUGUUCUUUGAGAAUUCUACCUUGCAUUUUUUUUUUUCCUUUUUCCUUUCACAGAAAAAUAUAUAGGUUCACAUUUGUGAUAGCUUUUCUUCUGUUAUUAACCGGUGCUGCACUGAAUGAUCAACACGGUGAAGAGAGCAUGUACUUUGGCAACUACUACUGCUAUGUUGUAAAACCAGGAGUCUUCGCAGGUGGUGCUGUCUUGUCUUUUGCAAGUAUCACUCUGGGAAUUCUCUACUACCUAACCUUAAACUCAUCAAAGAGCAUUAACAGUACAUGGGGCAACCCUCCUGUUUCUAGUUCAACUGGCAUAGCCAUGGGACAACCUCAAAACACAUCACAAGGUGGCACUCAAGAUCCUAUUUUUGUACACGAAGAUACUUAUAUGAGACGACAGUUCACUUGAUCGGUAAAUUUCACGAACCAAUUGAGUUGCUAUGUUAAAUUUGAUGGAGAAAUAUGCAUAUUUUGGUUCCAAAGCUUGUUAAUGGAAGCAGAAGUCUACUGUGAAGGGGGUUUUACAGGGUAGCCCGUAGUGUUUCUAGUUUCUUUGCUGGCUUUAGUGUAUUCCUCCAUUUAAUCCUUCGCAUGAGCAGACAUAUUUACAAAUUGUAUUUGUAUAUACAUCCUUGGAGGAUUAUUCUGCAAUCACUUCAAAAUAUAAAUAUACAUAUAUCAUAUAUGUGUGCUAGGCCCAUUAUAAUUGGGAUUUUGUGCGUUGCAAAUGCCGAGUUGUUGGUUAUGUUGAUCAUAAUGGCAGAAAACGACACUCUUAAUUCAACUGCAAGUUUGCCGUUUGGUAGUUUGGACA